UCCUCCGCAGGCCCGAGCCGGCGCCUGAGGUCCCUCCGCGGCCCGCCUCCCUGUCGUCGAGCGGCCUGCGCAGCGUGACGUCACGCGCACGGAUGGAGGCGAACGCGACCGGCCCGGACAACGCGACGCUGCAGAUGCUGCAGAGCCGGGCGCUGGCGGUGGCGCUGCCCGCCGUGUACUCGCUGGUGGCGCUGGUCGGGAUCCCGGGCAACGCGCUGGCGCUGUGGGUGCUGUGUCGUCACGUCCGGCCCAAGGCGCCGUGCGUCAUCUUCAUGAUCAACCUGAGCAUCACGGACCUGCUGCUGGCGCUCGUGCUUCCGGUGCAGGCCGCCUACCACCGGCGCGGGCCGCACUGGGCCUUCGGGCCCGCGCUCUGCUCGGCCGUGACGUUGGCCUUCUACGUCAACAUGUACGGCAGCAUCGUCAGCAUGACGUACAUCAGCGUCGACCGCUGCCUGGCCGUCGUGCGCCCGCUGACGUCGGCGCGCUGGCGCCGCCGCCGCUACGCGCUCGCCGCCUGCGUGACGUCGUGGCUGCUGCUGGGCGCCACGCUGACGCCGCUGGCGCGCACCGACCUGACGUACCACGUGCGGGCGCUGGGCGUGGUGACGUGUUUCGACGUGCUGCCGUGGCGCAUGCUCCCGGGCCCGGCGGCCUGGGCAGCCUUCCUGCUCGGCGUCUUCGCGGUGCUGUUCUUAGUGCCCUUCGCCGUCACGGUCGGCUGCUACGCCGCCACCAUCGCGCGGCUGCGGCGCGGGGCGCACG